GCAGGGAGGGCGGGCGCGUGGGCCGGCCGCGUGGGGUGCCAGUGGCGACGCUGGAGGUUUGAGAGGUGCUGGCUGACCCGUGAAGCACAGAGGCGGCUGGAACGGCGGAGCUGAGGUCAAGGGCAGCUGCUCUCUUGGGCAGCGGUGUGCGGCCGGCAGCGGCGGCGCGAGCGGUCGGGUGAGGAGCUCAGGGCGCCGGCUAUGAGCGGGCGUCCGUGGACGAGCUACGGACGGCUCUGAACACCCCGCGUCUCCGCCCGUAACAAGCAGAUGCUCAGCGAAAGUCAAGGUCGCUUCGGCUGCAUGAUGGAGGAGGGUCAGCUGCUGGGAGCGCGCCUCGACGCCGGCCUGCAGACGGCCCGCUCCCAGGUCCCUGAUCUGCGCACGGAGCUGGCCGACACGCACCGUAUGAUUCACCAGUUGGCGGCGGCUUCGGAAGACCCUGGGCGGCAGUCGCCGGCCGUCUCGCCGCAGGAAGUUCCAAAGGUCAACGGGUCAACGGUCACGUCGGGGGCGGCGGAGGUCAGCGCCAAGGUCACGGACCGAGAAGAGCCGAAGGAACUCUCGGCCAUCGCGAGGCUGCGAGCUGAUGACGACACAUCCGACGAAGAGGCUGCGUACCACAGUAGGGAGGCGCUGCUGGCCAUGGACCGGGACCAGAUAGUGGAGCUGUGCCUGACCCUGCAGUCGCGGCACCGCACCCUGCGGCGGCGCACCGCCGACCUGAGGUCGCAGGCGAGCCUCGUCCACGCCACGGGCGACGGCCUUCAGGCGGAGCUCAGCCAGCUGACCUCCAAGCUGAAGGCCGGUGAGACGGAGGCAGCGCUGAUGCGGGAGGCUCUGGCAGCGCUAAAAGCGGACCGGAAGCGGCUGAAAGCGGAGAAGUUCGACCUGCUGAACCAGAUGAAGCAGCUGUACCAGACACUGGAGGACAAGGAGAGCGAACUUCGCGACUUCAUCAGGAAUUAUGAGCAGCGGAUCAAGGAGAACAACGACUCGCUGCGCUCCCUGGCGGCCGAGCGCGACGCGCUGGAGCGCGAGCGCUGGAGCGUGUUGAAGAGGGCGCGCGAGGAGGCCGACCGGUGCGUGACGCUUGCAGUGCAACUCAACGAUAGGGAGGUGGAGCUCAAGCAGGCCUCACACGAACUCGGACAGCUACGGCGCCGUCUGUCGCAGACGGAGUACUCCUCUGAUCACGAGGUGUCGCUGCGCGCCGGCCCGACGCCGCCCGCCGUCUCGGUGCCGGCCCUCUCGCCGGCGGCGCCGACCACCUGCAACGGGCGCGGCUCGAGCGCCGACUCGGGAGUCCGCGUCAGCUCCGACCGCGACUCGGUGGCGGCCGGCACCUCGGGCAACCUGAGCGACUCGACCACCAGCGGCGAGGCCGUGAACGGGCAGCGCGCCUCGCCGGCGCCGUCGCCGCUGCCGGUGCCUGUCGACCUGGCCGCCCUCUCGCGGUCGGCCGAGCAGCUGGACUCGCUGGAGCAGCUGGAGCGCCGGCUGCGGCCCAAGGGCGCCAAGCAGGGAACCUGGGGCAGCAUCUCACGGGUCUUCUCACGACAGAAGCAGCGCAAGCACCUGCACGUGGGCAACGGCGAGGACGCCUGGUCGCCGCAGUCGCCGCAGUGUCCGUCACCGCUGACGGACGAGCUGUACGCCGAGAAGCUGCGCCUGCUGGAGGAGGCGCAGCAGCUGCCGAUGGAGCGCUGGAAGGCCUCGAUGGUGCUGGCGUGGCUGCAGGUCACACUCGGUAUGCCGCAGUACGGCCCGGCCUGCGCCGAGAACGUCCGCUCCGGCAAGGUGAUGUUAGAGCUUACGGACGUGGACCUGGAGCGUGUCCUCUGCAUCGCACAGCCGAUGCACAAGCGGAAGCUGCGGCUGGCCAUCGAGGAGCUGCGCCAGCCGCACCUCUGCAAGUACCCGUACAUCUCGCAGCUGAACCACGCUUGGGUGGCCGCCGAGUGGCUGCCCGACGUCGGCCUCGCACAGUACGCCGAUCUCUUCAGCGCCCACCUGAUCGACGGCAGGCUACUGGCGCACCUCACCAGGAAGGACAUGGAGAAGUACCUCAGCGUCACCAGGAAGUUUCACCAGGUGUCGCUGAUGCACGGUAUCCAGCUGCUGCGGCUGCUGCAGUUCGACCGCCAGGUCAUCUGCGAGCGCCGGCAGCGGAGCGAGAUCAGCGGCGACGAUGUGCUGGUCUGGACCAACGCCCGGUUCGUCCAGUGGGCGCGCUCUAUCGACCUCAGCGAAUACGCCGACAACCUCAAGGACUCGGGGGUACACGGCGCCAUGGUGAUCCUGGAACUGUCAUUCACCACCGACACCCUAGCCACGGCGCUGGGCAUACCCCAGUCGAAAACGAUGCUACGGAGACAUCUGUCGACGGAGCUGGACAAGCUGGUGCGACCGGCCAGAGCGCUGCUGGACGAGGAGGCGCGCCAGGCGCGCUGGGAGCGCGAGCGGCGCCGGCCGGAGCGGCCCGGCGCCUCCGCCACGCUCGGCCGCGCCUUCUCUCGCUCGUACGCCAGCGGCUUGCAGCGCCGGGCCGACCGCGACAAUGCCAGCCUCAGGCCAGCCGCAUGGCGCAGCUCCCAGGUAACCACGGCUGCGCAGGAAUAUCGUACCGCUGGCGGCGCGCGCUGCAGGUCCUCGGGUUUAACGUCUUGUGUAUAGUUGCAGCUGUAAUGUCUGCCUUAGCCGUACAGCCUUAGCCCACCUGCGAUCCUCACGCGGCUUGUGGGUUGUUGAUGAAAUCCAUGUAUGCACGGCGGCGGGUUGCUACGCUUUGCAUGGUGGUGCCCCAGGCUCUACAUGGAGCCGAGACCGGCAUUGACACGCUACAAAGCUGUGGCGCUUGCGUUUACCGUCAGCUAGCUUGCAGCAGCCGUCAGCUAGCUACGAGCCAACACCUUCACCCCUUCCCCUGCAGUGCUCAUGGCGUCCACGUGGCACGAUGACAUGGCACCUGACUCAUGGCUCACCCGUCCACGUGGCACCUGAGUCGGCACCCACGUGCCGACUCAGGCCUGGGCAGGGCCCCACUUCGGACAGUCAGGGCGGUCAACACAAGCAUUGGCUGGGAGCUGUCUAAUAAUGCAGAUAUGUUUCGUCCUGCGACGGGCCAGGCUACACAUGUUCCCGACUUCCGCCAGAUGACGGGUCAUGGGGUUCCGUCGGCUGAAAUAGUUGAUGUGAUGUAUGUGGUGCAAUGACACGGAACCGGCCAGACACCUUCAUAGAUCUGGCGUACCUUGAUUACUAGAUCUCGUCGAUUGCUGUACCCUCGCAUGUUAAUAUUGUUAGCGCGUCCAAACCAGGAUGUUAUCACAAAAAAAAAACAGUUUAGUAACGCAUCGACCCGGUAUGUAGAUGGCCUGGAUUCAGAAAUUGUAUGCCAGAGUUUGCAGCAAAUAUCUUGGAAAACUCUUGACCUUAAGCACUAUCUACCGCAUGCCUUUGAUUCAGCUGGUAAGCUGUAAAUUGCCGUAUUAUGAUGACCUUCCACCUCUUUAAUAGCGUUGACCUCAGCAGUUGUGCAUCGCGCGACCACGAGGACAGGACGAGGACGUCGGCCUGAGCGCGAUCCAAACCCGACUGCACCAUCUGCCUGCCCUAGCUGCGGCUUUCUGCAGAACAGCGCUGUUGUGAUCCGCCCGAUACCUUCGUCCACGACGCUGCCUCUCGCUGUGCCCGCACCCCAUCCACCGCCCGUCCCGUCGAACAGGCACUGACCGCACCCCGGCCGGCAGGGGUC